ACACCCCCACCGUGCUCACAGAGGUCAAUGUGGCUGCCUGUGGAGUAAGCAGCAAAUGCGAAGCUUAUGAAUAACAAACAUGUCAUAUGUAGCAAGUGCCUAAAAGUGACAAGUGAAUGCAACUCCUUUUAUCCCACAGGAUGGCUUCCUUUACGUGGAAACAAGCGGCGAUCGUGUCAUUUGUGCUGAGUGGUGUGUUAAGUGCACCGUUUAUGCAAGAAGAAGAUGCAAAUCAGUUCAUUCGCCUUAAAAGACAAGCUCAAUAUACACAUGAUGGAUACUGGGACCCUAAUGGUGCAAAUAAUGUAUGGGGCUACACAAUCAGGGAACAGGCAAAUGAAUACUGGAAUUUCCUGAGAACGACUGCCCAAUAUUAUAUGGACAUGGGCGCCUUUUUUGAUGCAUCUGUUGCUGAUGAAAACAACAGGCUGUACAUGGAUAUGCUGAGGAACGUUGGAGCUCACAUUCAUGGCCAAGCUGAAGGAAACUGAAGGCUAAAGUGCAGUGAAGAAAGCUGACGUCCUUUAGAACGAACUUCUCCCAGUCUUUAAGCUUUUACUGUAUGAGGUCAGUCAAGAACGGGCGCACAGAUCCAAGAAUCUAACAGGCGUUACGAACGAAAAAACGGGUUUCAAGGCUCAGUCACAAUGGUGCUGCUCUCAUCCGUCAACAAGACAAUUUUGUAUUUUAUUCUUUAGAAGUG